AUUAUUGCAAAAUGACACCAACACAGCUAUUUUAUUCGAAGUGGAUAUUGUGGAUGGCUUCAUGCUUUAUCUGUCUGCGCUUCUGUCAUGGAGAUCUCAGCUUUACCAUCCCGGAGGAGAUGAAACGAGGAGCCGUGGUCGGCAAUCUAGCUAAGGAUCUGGGACUCGAUGCAAAAACAUUGUCUCUGCGCAAAGCUCGAAUAGAUUCGGAAGGUAACAGGAAACGUGUAUGUGAAAUUAAUUUGCAGACGGGGGAUUUAGUGAUAGCCGAGAGGAUAGACCGAGAACAGCUGUGUGGGUCAAAAGCAUCGUGCUUCAUCAAAUACGAGUUGGUGUUAGAAAACCCUUUAGAAUUGCAUCGGAUUACUCUUCAAGUUCAAGAUGUAAAUGACAACUCACCCCAUUUUACGAAAGAUGAAAUUAAUUUUGAAAUACGUGAAUCUGCUGACAAAGGAGCUCGCUUUCCUUUAGAUGAGGCACAUGAUGAUGAUAUUGGUAGGAACGGAGUCCAGGGCUACUCGCUAGAAAAAAAUGACCAUUUUACUUUAGCUGUGCUUUCAAAUCCAGACGGAGGUAAAUAUGGAGAAUUAGUUUUAGAUAAAGAGCUGGACCGUGAACAGCAGCAGGAGGUGACGUUACUGCUCACUGCCGUUGAUGGCGGAGCCCCGCAGAGAUCUGGCACUGCGACUAUCCACGUCACUGUGCUGGAUGCUAACGAUAAUCUACCAGUUUUCAGUCAGCCGCUUUAUCAGGUAACUCUGCCUGAAAACUCGCCACCAGGUGCUGUUGUUGUUAGAGUAACAGCCACCGAUGCAGACGAGGGGCCUAAUGGCGACGUCACUUAUGACUUCAGUCGCAUAUCCAAGGAGGCAUCACAUCUUUUCUCCAUUGAUAAAUUAAGUGGAGAAAUUAAAGUUAUGGGGCCGAUAGACUUCGAGGAGGAAAGCAGUUAUGAACUCCGUGUACAGGCCAAAGAUGGAGCUGGAUUAGCCUCCAAUGUAAAAGUCGUGAUAGAUAUUACUGAUGUCAACGACAACGCACCUGUUAUAUUAGUGAAAUCCCUAACUGACCAAAUACCAGAAAAUACAGAACCGGGCACGGAAGUAGGCAUCAUAAACGUACAGGACAAAGAUACUGAGGGAAAUGGACAGGUUAGAUGUGCUAUUCUCGGAAAUGUUCCUUUCAAGUUAAAUCCGUCCAUAAAGAAUUACUUUUCUCUGGUUACUACAGCUGCACUAGAUCGUGAAGCAAUAGAUAGUUACAAUAUUACAAUCACAGCUUCUGAUGACGGCAGCCCACCACUGUCCUCCUCCAAAACUAUACAUCUGUCUGUUUCUGAUGUAAAUGACAAUCCCCCUGUGUUUGAGGAGCAGUCGUACAGUGCAUAUGUGUCUGAGAAUAACAAGCCUGGCUCCUCUGUGUGUUCUGUUAGUGCCAGAGACCCAGACUGGAGACAGAAUGGCACAGUCUUCUACUCUCUGUUGCCCAGUGAGGUCAAUGGUGUUGCACUCUCCUCAUAUUUAUCCAUUAAUGGAGACACAGGGGUGAUCCAUGCUGUGAGGGCCUUUGACUAUGAGCAGUUCAGAAGCUUCAAAGUUCAGGUUGUAGCCAGAGACAAUGGUUCUCCUCCACUCAGCAGCAACGUGACUGUGAGUGUGUUCAUAACAGAUGAGAAUGAUAACUCUCCUCAGAUAUUAUACCCUACUCCAGAAGGAAACUCCUUCAUGACUGAGAUGGUUCCUAAAGCUGCUCUUUCUGGCUCGCUGCUGUCCAAAGUGAUUGCUGUUGAUGCUGACUCUGGACAGAACGCAUGGCUGUCAUAUCAGAUCGUCAAGUCGACUGAUCCGGGACUUUUCACUAUUGGUCUCCACAGUGGAGAGAUCAGGGCUCAGAGGGACAUUUCUGAAUCUGACAGCAUGAAGCAGAACCUUGUGAUCUCAGUGAAAGAUAACGGACAGCCCUCUCUCUCUACAACCUGUGCCGUAUACUUAGUCAUCUCAGAUAACUUGGCUGAAGUUCCUGAACUCAAAGACAUGUCUUAUGAGGAGAACAACUCUAAACUCACAUCUUAUCUGAUCAUUGCUUUGGUGUCUGUGUCCACAUUUUUCCUGACUUUCAUCAUCCUGAUCAUUGCUGUGAGGUUGUGUCACAGGAGGAAGCCCAGACUGUUGUUUGAUGGAGCAGUAGCCAUUCCCAGUGCAUAUUUACCUCCCAACUAUGCAGAUGUUGAUGGAACUGGAACUCUCCGUAGCACUUACAACUAUGAUGCCUACAUGACAACAGGCUCCCGCACAAGUGACUUCAAGUUUGUCACCUCUUACAAUGACAACACCAUGCCAGCUGGAACACUGAAGAAGAGUCCAAAUGAUAACAGCAACUGUCUUGACUUCUUUGAGGAAACAUCCACAUGUUCAACACUGGUAAUGAAUUCACAUUGUUUACUAAUUUUCUGUGGUUUUAGUACAUCUCUUAUUUAUGGUGUUUUGAAAAUGUCUUCCUUAAAUGUACCAGCUUUAGCAAAUCUAAUUCAGGACUAUUAUUAG